AUACACUUGCACUAACAUGAUCUCAUCUACAAAUUCUCUUUAAAUGCUCUCCGAUGUUGAUCUCUCCAUUCACUCAUUUCAGCACCAACAAAGAGCUAGCUUCAUAUACAUCAACAAUCAUCCUAUUCUUCAGAACUAUAAUAAACGGAAAGAAAGGUUGCAAUAUUCAGAUCGACAUUUGCUUGGCGCCAAACUCAACACCACAAUCAGAAAGCAUGAAGAAGUCUACCAAGGAUCAUAAUGGCAAAGCCACAAUACCAAUGAGGAAAUUUAUGAGGGAAGUGUGGGACUUUGCCAGAGAGGACACAGACAGGGUGACCUUUUCCCUCAAGGUUGGCUUGGCUUGCCUCCUCAUCUCCCUUCUCAUUCUCAUCCAAGCACCUUAUCAAGUCUUCGGCACCAACUUCAUAUUGGAAAAGGUUGGUAUGAAAAAAUAA